AAAGCAGAGGGGGAAGAAGGGAUGGGGGGGAAAAUGGGCGAUUAUCGUGGCAUCACUACAAAAAGGUGAAAUGCGCUUUUCAUUAUCACUCAUCUCAUCAUCAACCACUCCGAGCGGUGAAGAAAGCAGCAGCGGAAAGGAAAUGGGCUGUCUCUGUGUGAAGGAGAGAGAUGAUUGGCCGUUGCUUUCUACAACUAGGGUUUGAUUAUGGAAGCCCUUCCAGUCCUUCCCUCCCUUCCUUUUUGCACUCUCCCACUCGCUGUCUGUUCUCCACAUUCGCCUACCGCCGCCACCGCCAUCGCCUCCUCGGCUUCUGCAUAACGCCGUUUGAUUGAUUGAGGGGCCGCCCCGGUUCUUGUUUUUUCUUUUUUCCUGACGAUGCGGAUCGGUCCUGGUUCUUGCUGUUGAUGCGGAUUCCGGAGCUUGCUUUACAGGGUGGUGAUUGGCCGAGGAUAGGAAUGUCAACUGCUGGAUACUCGUUGAAUGUGAUGGAUGAUUUAUUCGGGUACCUUCUUGUUGGAUUCUUGUGGGCUCCGUUUACUACUGUGCUUUUGAGGGGACUCUGCGGGUUUGUGGAUUGACGAAUCGUUCUGCGUGUGAGAUCUGUCUGUUCCAACUGAAUAAGUGGAUUGAGAGGAUGUCCAUCAGAUUUGGGCUCUAACUAGCGACUUAGAAGUGCAUCCACCUGAGAGAAGUAGGAAAUAAUGGGAGAGGCUCCGGUCACUGCGCUCUCAAUGGAGAAUCAUCAUCCAUCAACCCUUUUGUCCAUGGAUUCUGGGUUUCUUUCGCAUGAUGAAUUGGAGAGAGAGCUCAACCGCUCGAUCAUCCAUUCUGGACCACCUGACAUCAAUCUCCCAUUGUCAUGUAGGCCUAGUCCACCUCACCUGACUUGGAAUGACCCCUAUGACAUCUUAGAUGUUGGACUAGGACCUCAAGUUUAUGAAACUGAGACCACUAUUACUAUGCCAAAAGCAGUGCGGAAGAGCACCAAGCGUCUCGACAGUGUCUGGGGUGCCUGGUUUUUCUUCAGUUUUUACUUCAGGCCCGUAUUAAACGAGAAGUCGAAGUCCAAAGUAAUUCAGGAUAGUAAUGGCGUGUCUGGAUAUGAGAAAUCGGACUUGCAGCUGGAUGCCUUCUUGGUUCAGCAUGAUAUGGAGAAUAUCUACAUGUGGGUGUUCAAGGAAAGGCCUGAAAAUGCACUAGGGAAGAUGCAGCUGAGGAGCUAUAUGAAUGGGCACUCUCGGCAAGGGGAACGGCCUUUUCCUUUUAGCGUGGACAGAGGUUUUGUCCGAUCUCACAGGAUGCAAAGGAAGCACUACCGCGGCCUUUCCAAUCCACAGUGCCUUCACGGGAUCGAAAUCGUUCGCACUCCGAAUCUUGCCAGUCUUGACGAGGAAGAGAGGAGCAGAUGGGCUGAUCUGACUGGCCGAGAUAUGAACUUCUCUAUCCCACUCGAGGCCAGCGAUUUCAGCUCGUGGAGGAAUGUCUCGAACACUGAAUUGGAGCUCGAAAGGCUGCAGCCCCCUCAGAAGAGCAACACAAGCCACCACCCUCGGAAGCUGCUCAAUGGAUGUGCCUUAAACCUCUCCACACAGCCAUCCGACAAUAGCAAUGGCGAUGUGGUGGAUGUCUCCCCUGUCUCCAACAAGAGGAAGAAAGAUUUCUUCCCUCGUGGACCCGAUGAGUUCUGCUCAUCGAACAGUUCCCACUCCGACAGGGCUCUGGACCUAAAGAUCAAUUCCAUCGGGCCUCAAUGGUCAAAUGAUUUCAGCGGGGUCAUGAAGAAUGUUCAUGGCCCUGUCACUGCAGCAAAAGCAAUCUACGAGGAUGACCAAGGGUUCCUGAUCAUUGUGAGUCUGCCCUUUGUCGAUCUUCAGAGGGUGAAAGUCACUUGGAGGAACACCCACUCUCAUGGGAUCGUGAAGAUAUCUUGUGUUAGUAAUUCGUGCAUGCCAUUCAUUAAGAGGCAUGAUAGGACAUUUAAGCUAACAGAUCCAACACCAGAGCACUGCCCUCCUGGGGAAUUUAUUAGGGAAAUUCCCCUGCCCACCCGCAUCCUCGAGGACGCCAAGCUUGAAGCCUAUCGUGAUGAGAUGGGGUCCACGCUCGAGAUCUUAGUCCCAAAGCAUCACGAGGGGCCAGAAGAGCACGAGGUCCGCGUCUGCCUCCGCCCCUCCACUUGGACCGAGCGGGGGUUCGUUGACCUGGAGGAGGCCUUGGUGUGAGAAAGAGAUGCGCAGUCGAUUAUUUCUCAUGGUCUGUGCUUCCCUCUUUACUAUCUUAAGAAUAGAAGUUUGAACUCAUGGAAUCGAAAACAGUACGUCAUGGAACAUCGUUAGUUUCUACUAUUAGUUAUGCAUUGCGCUGGAGGUGAUGGUGAUAUCAUUAAUAUUGGUGUCUUCUUUUUAACUCAUAGCGUUGUUGUCAGGUUGUUGUCUUGGACCUUUAAACAAGGUUAAUAUGUUUGAUGCUUUUUUCUUCUGAUAUUCUGAUGUCAAGAUCUGAACUUUAUUAUUAGUUGGUGUUAUUUUGUACUUGUCCGUUUCCUUGUUUAAUGCAUGAUAGUCUUGAUCCUUGAA